GCCAAGCCAAUAGAGCUAGCAAGGCAACAACAAUUUAUUGAAUUCAAGUCGUCGCUUUGUGAAAUAUGAUUAGACGACUUGUUACAUUGAUGAAAUGCGUGGAUAUGCGUCUCCUCUUGUUGUGAUUUAUGAUAUAAACGAGUUAAAUGCUAGCAAGCCCAGCUAGGAGACGUACUAGCUAACAUUAGCUGAACGUGGAGACCGGACAAUCCACCGUUCGUUUGCUAGCUAACGUUAACUUACAUGGCUAGCUCGCUAAGUUAGCUUUACAAAUAGGUGAAACGAGUUGAUUGUUGUUACUACGUUACAGUUUAUUAUAGCUUGUUAUAUUUAAUUUGGUCCGUUAAAAAAAAACACAGGACCUAUUCUCUUUCAUUGCGCAGCAAUUGUAUUUUGUUUUCGUCUCGUGCUGUUUGUUGCCUGUUGCAGCUGCGGUCAUGUAACUGGAUGCCGCGAGGGCCGGGCAUCUGCACCCUCUCCCAGCCAGGGCCGGGCAUCUGCACCCUCUCCCAGCCAGGGCCGGGCAUCUGCACCCUCUCCCAGCCAGGGCCGGGCAUCUGCACCCUCUCCCAGCCAGGGCCGGGCAUCUGCACCCUCUCCCAGCCAGGGCCGGGCAUCUGCACCCUCUCCCAGCCAGGGCCGGGCAUCUGCACCCUCUCCCAGCCAGGGCCGGGCAUCUGCACCCUCUCCCAGCCAGGGCCGGGCAUCUGCACCCUCUCCCAGCCAGGGCCGGGCAUCUGCACCCUCUCCCAGCCAGGGCCGGGCAUCUGCACCCUCUCCCAGCCAGGGCCGGGCAUCUGCACCCUCUCCCAGCCAGGGCCGGGCAUCUGCACCCUCUCCCAGCCAGGGCCGGGCAUCUGCAACCUCUCCCAGCCAGGGCCGGGCAUCUGCAACCUCUCCCAGCCAGGGCCGGGCAUCUGCAACCUCUCCCAGCCAGGGCCGGGCAUCUGCAACCUCUCCCAGCCAGGGCCGGGCAUCUGCACCCUCUCCCAGCCAGGGCCGGGCAUCUGCACCCUCUCCCAGCCAGGGCCGGGCAUCUGCACCCUCUCCCAGCCAGGGCCGGGCAUCUGCACCCUCUCCCAGCCAGGGCCGGGCAUCUGCACCCUCUCCCAGCCAGGGCAUCUGCAUCCUCUCCUCUCUUAAAUGCAUGCCACGUCAGCUACACCCUCUUCUAGCCAGACCCAGGCAGGCAGGCCCAGACUGCUACCUAAUGGUAGAAAAGUGUGUGGGAGCAGACCUACGUGUAG